AUGGAGAAACUCAGACCAAAGGAAGACGCUGAGAUAUUAAAUGGACCAUUAUUGGUUAGAUCCUCGUCAACUGUUCAUCGUCGAUCAAUUAAUAAGAAUGAUUUAAUUUCGGAAGAUACAAAUAAAUCCUUAAUGAAGGGUGAAUUUUUGAAUCCUUCGAAUACACGAAAAGCAAUCGGACGAUUAUAUAGAAGAGCAACCUCUCCUAAUUUAAACGCGCGAACUGCCAAAGAAGAAAAGCAACCUGAAGAGAAACAGGAACAAAAAGCACCAGAAACGCAAGUUCGAAUAUUAAAAAAAGUAUUCUCGAAUUCCAAUUGGAAAUCUUCAUCGUCGACUUUACAAACUCCUGUUUCAACAAAUUUAGUAACGGUAAAGGAAGAAAUCACAUCGAUGCUUGCAAAACAAGGAACCACUGAAGUUAGAUUCAAUUUGGAAGAUAUGGUCAAUACGGAUAGCUUACGUGCACAUUUAACACUAUUGAAAAAGUUUAAAAGCUUAGAGCAACCAGAUUCUCAAACUGACGUAUGUUAUUUAUUGCGUGCACAAGAAAGGUACAAGUUAUGGUUAAAUUUGUUAGAACAAGGAAAAUUUUCAAGCCCACCUCUUCCUCCUUUAGAUGUAUGCUAUAUAUGGCACGCGCAUUGUCUGUCGCCGCUUCGUUAUUUUGAAGAUACACAACGUUUGGGAUUUGGUCGUUCUAUAAAUUACAAUCUUCCAUUAAGAAAACUGAAUGAACUAUGGGACGAGAGCUCCAAACAUAUGCACGAACGAUCCCAACAAAUAUGGGAACAAAAUACCGGAAAACCAUGGGUACUCGAUCCAUCUGACGAUUCAGACUUCGAAUUUGAUUGUCCUUGGUGUGCGAUGCCGUUGCAUAUAUCAGCCAAAAACUAUAUGAACUUAAUGCGAACGCAAGAUCACGUUGAAACGUGCUUUCACUGUGGUGCUUUAUUAUCGCAAGAUUCGAUCAGUGCAAAGAAAUUUUUAGAUGAUGUGGCGGAAUGGAUGACAAGCAAUAAAGUGGAAGAUUUAAAUACAACUACUCGGCAGCAAUACAUUAGGGGAACAUUAGUUGACAUUAGAACUGGUGAGAUAUGCUAUGAAUCCACGAAAACGGAUUGCGAUCUACUAUUUGACGUGACCAGUCCACAUAUUGUCCAACUAGUUGCUGUUCAACGCUUAGAAUCGAAAAAAUGCCAAUGGGCAAUAAUAACUAAUGCACUAAAACUGCGAAUGGAAGAACUAAAACGACAAUGGAAGAUUGAGAACAUCCGAAAAGGUGUCGUGGAACGAAUAAUUUCGUCGUAUGCUGGUAUUACCUCAACAUUUUCAAUUGAUCUCGUUAGUGCAGUAUUGCGGCAGCGUGAAUUCACACAUAAAAUGGUGACGUCUGACAAUAAUAAUGACGCGGCAGGAUGGAUCGAGAGGCCUGAAGUCUUAGCGAAUAUUCCUAUACGUUAUCAAAAGUUCUUGCGUCUGUUACGUAAACCAGAUUUGCUUCUUGUUCCAAUGCUGGAUAUCGAUUUAGGAUGGCACACACACAUGCUUCAUCCGAAAGCAUAUCGUAAAUUCACCAAAACACAUUUGAAACGUGUGAUCAAUCACGAUGAUACAAUUUCCCAGCCCGUAUUGGAACAAGGAUUCUCAAAGACCGGGAAAGCUUGGUAUAAGAAAUACAAGGAACCUUAUUACCCUUCUAAUAAUUUUAUUAGUAAUCCGAGUAACGAUCCUACUAAAAAAGAUUGGUUGAAACCAUCAAAGAAAGUUAUGGCUUCUAUACCAAAUUAUGGUGCAUUCUUUUUUUGGAAAUCAAAAAAAAAUAAUAAAAAAGAGGAAAGAGAAUUUAAGCGACGACAUUCUUCUUAUCAUAUUACACAACCACAACCACAAGCACAACUACAAAAAAAAUACAGUUUUAGUAGAUUGACUACGAUUAUGAGCAUACAAGAACUACAGGGUAAAUCUGAUGACGAAUAUGAAACCAAAAACACGACAACGUCACAAAAUUUUCUUUUCAACUCCACUUUAUAUCCACAGCAUGACUAUGGAUCUUGUGGAAGCUGCGGACCGGGUAAUUGUGGUAUGGAUGCAGAAGACGAUGAUUUCAAUUUAAUUAAUCAAUACGUGGUAGAUUUGUGA